GAUCUGAACUUUCAAACAUCGCUGUUGAAACUCACUCACUCUCACAUUAUUCGCCUGCUCUAGCUUGCGGUACACUGUGUUAGUUCCUGUGUGUUUUAUACGUCAAAAACAACGUGAAGUUUGCACCCAUCACCUCUGAAGGAGGGACAUGCGGCCGUUUAAUCCUGGCAGAGCUAACUCUCUGUCCAAAAACACAAGGACCGCUGCAUGAUUUCAGGUGGUUGUUCAUUUCUUUGUUAUUUCAUUCUUCAUGCAUUAUUUAUUACUGGAAGAGACGUUGUAAAUACACCGCACUUGCCCAAUGACCAGCUUUGCUCAUCGGAUAUUGCACUUGACUCAAUUCAGCGAAAUCCUGAGUAACGUUAGUGCCAUGCUACUGUCAAACUCAUUGUCCACUAGAAAGUAAACCGGAACGCCCACCUUCACCAUCUGCCAUCGCUGCAGUGGACUUUUCAGCAUUGAAGCCAAUAUCUCGGCCAAAAGUGUAACUGCCUUUCUGGAGUGAGACAUGAUGGAUGCGCUGGACUCUUUGCAAGGUUCCUCGUCUUUGGAAUCGAAAGCUGAACGCAUCGCUCGCUACAAAGCCGAGAGAAGACGAGAGCUGGCCGAGCGGUAUACCAACUUGGAAGAAAGUUCAUCCAAGUACACAAGGAGGGAAAGACCGCGGGAAAAGGCAGACACCUCGGAUGCUGGAUCCAGCUCGGAGCAGAAGGCAGAUGUUUCUUCCGGACUCUGCAAACCCAAAGAUAGUGGUGUCCUGAGUGAGAAAGGAGAAGAAAGCAAGUCUGUGAUGGACGCCACACCAUCCUCCAAGAUCUCUUCUGCUCCCUGCGAUGAGAACAACCAAGUAACAAGAUCACGCCAGAAGCACAGUCUGUUGGAAGCAGAGGAAGCCCAGAAGCUAAAGGAUGACAGGAAAGCAGAUGAUGACGCCAAAACCUGUAUCCCUGCCAAGACGUCUCUUUUGAAAGGGCCGGAGAAUACCGACAUCUCGCCCACCCCAACGCACAGUGAGGAGGACGUUACCCACAAUGCCGGUCAACAAAAAGAUCAAAUCUGCAGCGAGAGGAGGAAUAAUUCCAGCAGCUCAUCUUUAUCCUCAUCAGAGGGCGAGAAAAGCUCUGAUGAAAGCAAAAACUUGACACGGGAUGAGUCGUCCUCUGCUGGAGAGGAAGAUGAGAAGAAAGAAGAUAAGAAGGAUAUAAAGAUUGAACAGAAACCAUCAGAGUGUCAGCGUUCUGUGGGUACAGAGGAGCCCAACGUUCUCUCUGGAGCUCUGAAGGUGGAUGAAGGGCCAAAAGCCCCCACACCGGGCCUACAGAGACAGGACUCAAGUCAGCGCAGCAUCAAGGGCAUCCUGAAGAAGACUCGCUCUACGGGCCUAGACACGGAACCUGCGGAGCCAGAGCGCAGUGUGGCUCCUGUCACCAAAACUGAUAAGGAGCUAACUGUUAUUGAUGGAAAGAAAGAGGAUGAGGAUGAAGAUGAGGAGGAGGAAUAUAAAAAGGGGAGAAUGUUGCAGAGAGAGGAAAGCAGCUCCAGUGAGACGCCUCGCACUUCUUCCCCAGAGUCUUUGAGCAGAACGCCCUCCGUUUCCCUAUCUGAAGAGGGAGAUGAGUUUGAGAGCAGCCAGGAUGGGAGCAUGAGCCCCUCUUUCAGAGACAGCCUGGCAGAGAUGAAGAGCAGUGAAGGUGACAGGCGGAGCAAGCUCAAGAAGAAUAAACCCAUCAAUGUGGUCCAGAUGUCCCUGGCUGACCGCUGCUCACAGCUGCAGGAAAGUGAGAAGUCUUGGAAAAAGAAGAAGUCUUCUGGAGACGUAGAACCAAAGAUGUCGCUGGCGGACCGGAUGAAGAUCUUGCAGGAGAAGGAGGAACAGUGGAAGACCAAAGGCAAAGGAGCUUCAAAUGACUCCACCCAGUUUUCUGUGGCCGGACGAAUGGCUAAGAGAGGCUUGGUGUCACCUAACAGAGAGGAUCUGCCCAUCAUCCUCAGCAAAAAGACCAGCAACAGCACACCAGUCAAACCAUUAGAAGAAAUCUCAAGCCGUCCUGAUGCUGAAGGAGAUAAAAGACUUGACAAACUGGAGUCAUUCUUGGACAGACUUCACAAUAAAGGUAUACCAGGCACUAAGAACUCCACUAUUGAGGUCACGGAGGAAAAAGAGAAAGAGGUGAUGACCCUGGACGACGAUGAGACGUUUGGCCGUUUCUACAGUUCAUUAUCACCCACCACGCUGAGCUCUGUUCUGAUUCUAGAUGAGGAACAGGACUUCAGCAUCAUCCAGUCUGACACGCCAAAACUAACUUCAGCUGGUGAGGAACACAAGCGCGCAGUGCGGCCCUGCAGAAGAACCAAGAGUUCGAGGAAUCCUCUCCGUACCCUGGCAGCUCGAGAUGACCUCAGGCAGACGUACACAGAACAGAGGCUCAACGUGGCAUCGGUGGAGACCAAAAGGAUACAGAUGGAGCGAAUGGCAAAGCACUCGAAUCUGGCAGACGCAGCUCUGGCAGGUCUGGCUAGCAAAGAAAACUUUAGGAAAGUCAACUUGCGGAGUGUGAAGUCUACAGAGGUGGUGACUAAUAACAGUGCCGUGCCUUUCCACAAGCUGAUGCUCAUUCACAUUAAAGGGCGCAGACAUAUUCAAGUGCGUCUGGUUGAACCCACAGCUCGCUCUUUAAACAGCGGGGACUGCUAUCUGCUUAUAACUUCCAAACACUGCUUCCUCUGGUGUGGUGAAUUUGCCAAUGUCAUCGAAAAAGCCAAGGGUUCAGAGAUGGCCCAGUACGUCCAGACUAAGAGAGAUCUGGGCUGCAAGGCGCCACAGGUGACUUUGCUGGAAGAAGGCAUCAACACGGAGAAUCGUUCAGCCAAAGAGUUCUGGAGUCUGCUGGGAGGAAAGACUGAAUACAGAGGUGCAGGAGAGCCGGAGGAAGAUGAACUUUAUGAGAAUGCUAUAGUGGAGUCAAACUGUGUCUACAGGCUGGUGGAGGAUAAGCUGGUUCCUUAUGAGGAAGCUUUGGCAUCUAUCCCAAGUGUCUCUUUGCUCAACUCUAAAGAGGCACUGGUGUUUGACUUUGGAAGCGAAGUGUACGUCUGGACGGGGAAGGAUGUUCCUCUGAGUGAAAGAAAGGUGGUGGUACAGCUUGGCAAACAACUGUGGAGUGCAUCGUUCGACUACAGCACAUGCAGGGUCAACCCUCUUGACCCCUCUUCAGCCAAUCCAGACACUCCUAAACAAGGUGAGGGCAGGCCGAGCUGGGCCCUUUUCGGUCGGCUGUCAGAACACAACGAAACCGCUCUGUUCAGAGAGAAAUUUUUGGACUGGGCAGAGAGGAAACCCAUGAAAGACGAUUCCGUGCCAGAGGAGGUGAAGAGUCCUGUGCAUCUACCUACCUGUGACUCUGACCUGAAGCCGUGCGAUGUGUCAGAGAUGCUGGAGGCAGGGCCGGGGCCUGGAAGCACGGUGCUGGAGGGCGUGAAUGUGCAGAGAGGUUACGGACCGGUCCGUUCUGAAGAUGGGCGGCAGGCGGAGCUGGCCACCGUAGCUGUGGACGCGUGGCACAUCCGCGAGUUCGACGAUUUCGAAAUUCCCCCGGAAAGCGUGAGUCAGCUGCACGAGGGGGACACGUAUGUCAUCCGCUGGAAGUAUUCGAUCACUAAUGUCGUUGGUAAAAGACAAAAACCUGGUGAAGUGAGUACGGCUGGACCAGGCAGGGAGCGCACAGCAUGCUUCUUCUGGCAGGGACGUCAUUCCAGCGUCAGUGGGAGAGGAACAUCUGCUCUCAUGACGGUGGAGCUGGGCAACCACAGGGGGGCGCAAGUGCUUGUCACACAGGGAAAAGAGCCGCCCUGCUUUCUUCAACUUUUUCAGGGAGGGUUAAUCAUCCAUCGAGGCUCGAGGGAGGACAGCUCCAAAAACACAGGUGACUGGCGUUUGUUCUGCGUACGUGGAGAGGUAGAAGUGGAGGGUUGCCUGGUUGAGGUGGAGUGCUGUUGUGCCAGCCUCCGGUCUCGGGCUAGUUUGGUACUGCUGGGGGUACAGGAGGGGCAGCUGUAUCUGUGGCACGGCUGUAAGUCUCAUCCCGGGGCCCGGCAGGUGGGCAAGAGGACUGUGGAGCGACUCACUCAAACGUGUCCUUGUGAGCUGGGUAUGAACAGUAACAGCAGUUUGAAGGUACAUGAAAUAGAGGAAGGAAAUGAACCAAAGGAAUUCUGGGUAGCUCUUGGCAAGCAAGACAGGAAGGCCUAUGACUGCAUGCUGGAAGAUCCAGGGAAGUACAAUUUCACACCACGUCUUUUCCGCCUGAGUGCCAGCAGCAAGACUUUUAAGGCAGAGGAGCAGUUCGGCCCCACCCAAGUGACGGGCGCCAUCAUGGCAAUGCCGUUCCUGCAGGAGAAUUUGUAUUCAGCCCCUCAGCCUGCUCUGUUCUUGGUGGAUAAUAGGAUGGAAGUGUACCUAUGGCAAGGAGAGCAGCCAGAAGAUACGGAAUGUACUGGCUCGGCAAAGAUCCGCUGGGACGGUGAGAGGAAGUGUGCCAUGGAAACGACGCUUCAGUACUGCCAAGGGAGGAACUCCAAACGUCCUCCUCAGGCCUACCUAAUCCUGGCUGGAGCAGAGCCGCUCACCUUUACCAACAUCUUCCCUUACUGGGAGAAAAACACAAAUAUGAAAGGGCAGGUAGAGGGAGUCCGUAAUAAAGUAAUCCUGGUUAAAGAUGCCCUGUCGAAACUUAGCAGACAGCAGUACAGUCUGAAGGAGCUCACAUCCAAACCCCUUCCAGAAGGAGUAGACCCUCUCCGCAUUGAGUGCUACCUGUCCGACAAAGAUUUUCAGACUAUUUUGGAAAUGGCACGGGAUGAAUUUUACACACUCCCGAACUGGAAACAACUCAAUCUGAAAAAGAGCAAAGGUCUCUUUUAGAUGCAGUCUGUUGAAUUCACCUACAGUAAUGAUGAUCUACUAAAGAAAUAGGUUUGUUUUCUCUAUGCUUUUUACAAACUUUUUUUAAUGUAUAGCAUUAGUAUGUACAGUCUGAAAUCUCUUAUAAAGAUGAAAUUAAAAUUCAUACUUAAAACCCAAGUAGCUUUCGGUAAAAAAAAUUCUACAUCUUUUAUGUAUGCAAAAUGUACGUUUUGGGAUCGACAUAAAUCUAUGUUUGAUUAUGUACAAGCCUGAAUUAUAAAUAUGUAUUAUAUUUUAAUGUUUUAACCCUAUUGCUGUCAAACUGUGACCUUAAAAUGCAUUAUAACACUAAUUCAAGUUAAAACAGAUGGAGACCUUUCACCUUUUAAGCCAAAAUGUGUGCGCAUAUAAGUGCCACUUGCAUGUUUAUGAAUGAUAUACAGUGUUAUGUGAUUCUGAUCGCUUAUAGUGGCCAUAUAGUAAAAACUAUCAACAAUAUUACAAAUAACAAAUGACUGUGUGUGUGUAUUCUCAAGGGUAUGAAUGUGUAUUGUUUGUCCAAUGCCAAAAUUAUGCAACAAAACAUUAAAUUAAACAUUCAAUUUAUGCAUUCAA